AUGGCGACGAACAGUAUCAAACUUUUGACUGGAAACAGUCAUCCAGAGCUUGCGAAGCUCGUGGCUGAUCGAUUAGGAAUUGAAUUGACCAAAAUCCUGGUCCUCCAAUAUUCAAACCAAGAAACCAGUGUGACAAUCGGUGAAAGUGUUCGCGACGAAGAUGUAUUCAUUCUCCAAUCAACCAAACCCAACGAUAUAAAUGACGGCCUCAUGGAGCUCCUGAUCAUGAUCAACGCUUGUAAAACAGCUUCAGCCCGACGAAUCACCGCCGUUAUCCCCAACUUCUUUUAUGCGCGCCAGGACAAGAAGGAUAAGAGUCGAGCACCUAUCACUGCUCGCUUGAUGGCUACUAUGCUGCAAACCGCCGGCGCAAAUCAUAUCAUUACCAUGGACCUUCAUGCCAGCCAGAUUCAAGGAUUUUUCACGGUGCCGGUUGACAACCUCUAUGCUGAGCCGAGUAUGUUGAAAUGGAUACGGGAGCAUUUGGAUGUUUCGAAUUGUGUUAUUGUUAGUCCUGAUGCUGGUGGUGCUAAACGAGCAACUGCUAUCGCGGACCGCCUCGACCUCCAAUUCGCACUUAUCCACAAAGAGCGCGCCCGCCCCAACGAAGUCUCCCGCAUGGUCCUCGUCGGCAACGUCAAGGACAAAGUCGCCAUCAUCGUCGACGACAUGGCAGAUACAUGCGGCACCCUUGUCAAAGCAGCCGACACCAUAAUGGAGCACGGUGCAAAGGAAGUUAAUGCCAUUGUGACCCAUGCCAUUCUUUCCGGAAAUGCUAUCAGCAAUUUGAAUAAUAGCUGCCUGCGUCGUCUGGUUGUUACGAAUACCGUGCCGCAUGCCGAGAAGAAGGAGGCCUGCGACAAGAUUGAGACGAUAGAUAUCAGUGCUACGUUGGCGGAGGCUUGUAGGAGGACGCACAAUGGCGAGUCUGUCAGUUUCUUGUUUUCGCAUGCUGUUGAGUAA